CCCGCAUCCGCACCGCACCGCCUGUCGCUCCAGCUCACCAUUCGGCCAAACACACCUGAACCAAAUCGUAUGGGCUUGCUGUCUGGCCGCACGCUGUCCACAUCCUAUCUGCCUACCUACCUAUUGCCGUGAUCAAACUUACGACAUGGAAGUUAUGGAUAUCGCGCCUGCGCCUGCGCCUGCACUCUUCGCUGGGCACAAAAGAAAGGCCGAAACGCAAGAGGCACACAAUGAGCGCCUGUCCAAGAGGCUCAGCCUUCUUAAUAUAGAGAAGAACGGCCAGAAGCUGUAUGUCCCAGUUGAGAACCCGGCUGUGCGGCUCCCGGCGUCGCCACUACGCCGCCUCGCCGCACGAACACCAACACUAGCAUCCGCACCCUCGCCCACACCCACACCCUCCACAUCGCCGAUCUCGGACCCCGUGGUCGCAGCAGACUCUCGGCACCCUGUCGCCCCCGCGGCCCAGGACGCCAUGAUGCAGCUGGACGGCUCCAAGUACAAGGUUUACAUCUACAACAUUGACGACGAGCUCUCAUCCGACAGCGAGCCCGACGAAGCCAGGCUGGUCUUCUUGCCCGACAUCGAAAAGCACCUGCGCAAAAGCCGCGUGAGCAUGAUUCCUCCUGCCGUCCCCCCAAAUCCCCACGGAGAGCUGGCCGGAAAGGAGCUCGUGCUGUACUCGGUCCCAUCCUCGCUCUCGGUACCCCAGGAGCACGACAGCGUGCGCAAGGCUAUCAUCGAUGCCCGCACACGGGCCCGCGCCCGCGCCCACCUCCAGAACGAGCCCUUAUCGGCUCCAACGAGCCAGCCGUUGGCUAUCCCCCCUCCGAUGUUGUCCGUUGGGGAGAGGGUCCCUGCUACGCCGUUAUAUCUCAGCGGGGAUGAUUGCGACGCAAUGGACAUUGAUUGAGUGCCCCCGCCGCCAUCCCUCCUUCCCUCGUUUCGCCUUUGCGUCUCCGGUCUCGGGCCUCUCCUUCUUCUUCAUGAUCCUCGAAAGAUACCCAAACAUGAGCGUGUCAUUUGUUUCAGGCAACGAAAUAAAUAAUCUUAUUGGCUACUUUGGGCCCCCCCGUAUCGUAUACCCG